AUGGGAUAAUGUAAUAACUGUUAAUCAUGUUAAAAGCCAGACGGAAGAGAGCUAACAGUUGAGCAAUAAGUAUAUUAAUGAUUUUAAGUAUUUAGGCCUAUAGAACUAGCCAAUAAUAAAGUCAAGUAUAAUAUUUAUCAGCUAUCAUAGACCAGCAAAUAAAGAGUAUCAAAUGUAAGUGCCGAUCAUGGAAGUAAAAAUAAGAGGGUUAAAGCGGCUAUUUUAAUUUAAGCCAAUUGGAGAGGUUAUGUUGUUAGGAAAAAAAUAUAAAAAAAGUCAAUUGGUACAAAUGAUAUGGCAAGUGCUCCUCCAACAGCGAAUAAGUAUUUUAGCAGCGAUAAAGAUUAUGCUCAAUAACAUAGUAAUUCAAAAACUAGAGAACAAAGACCUCCUUUUAAGUAUAAGAGUGGAGCAAUAUAUGAAGGAGAGUGGAUUGGAAAUUCUAGGGAUGGACAAGGUACAUAAUUAUGGAAUGAUGGGGCCAAAUUUGUUGGAUAAUGGAAAAAUAAUAUGGCUCAUGGCAAAGGAAAAUUUUUUCAUGUAGAUGGAGAUAUAUUUGAAGGAACCUGGGUGGAAGAUAAAGCUUGCGGUUUUGGCAUAUACACACAUGCUAAUGGAGCAAAGUAUGAAGGGGAAUGGCUCAAUGAUUUGCAACAUGGAUUUGGAGUAGAAACUUGUAAUUUAUAAUUAGAUUAUGAUUAUAGGGGCAGAUGGUUCUAAAUACGAAGGGUAGUACUAUCAAGGAAAGAAGCAUGGCAAAGGAAAGUAUAUUUGGAAUGAUGGCAGUUUCUAUGAUGGAGAUUGGGAUAACAAUCAGAUCAGUGGAAAGGGAAUAUAUUAAUGGAGUGAUGGAAGAAGAUAUGAAGGAGAAUGGCUAAAUAAUAAUAUGCAUGGAUAAGGACAUUACACUUGGCAAGAUGGGAGAUCUUAUAAAGGAGGGUACAUCAACGAUAAAAAACAUGGUUAUGGAGUUUAUACUUGGGCUGAUGGCAGAAAAUAUGAAGGAGACUGGGUAAGUGGAAAACAGCAUGGUAGAGGGCAAUAUAUUUUAUUAGAUGGAUCAGUAAAAAAAGGAGAAUGGAUUGAGGGAAAGAAGAUUAAAAACAUCUAAAAUUGA